GUUAACUUCAAUAGGGUUCCUAUCAAAGAUCAGUUCAAAAAAUGGCAGUCCCGCAAUAUACCCUCAUAGAAACUCUCCCUGCCCUGGCAGCCAUGCUCAGUAGCAUCUCAGAUCUGCCCAACCACCCCCCACCUCUUUACCUGGACCUCGAAGGCGAAAGACUCGGCCGUCAUGGAACCAUAGCUAUCAUACAGAUACACGUCCUGCCUCAAAACCACACCUACCUUCUCGACAUCACAACUCUCGGACGGGAAGCUUUUACAUUCCGGGAAAACCUCCAAGCGAAAAAUCUCAAGACGAUCCUUGAGUCACCAUCCAUCACCAAGUGCCUCUUUGACGUGCGUAACGAUGCGGACGCUCUGUUCAACCUGUACGACAUCUCCCUUCGAGGCGUGCAAGACAUCCAAGUGAUGAAUUACGCUGCGAGAGAAGUCCGCAACGGCGUGCGCGGGAGAGGGCCCCGCGUUAUGGGGCUUGCGAAGUCCAUUGCUGCGGAUUGUGGACUUAACAGGGCUGCUUUGGCAGAGUUUGAGAGGAAGAAGGAGGAGGGAGGGAUGAUUUUCAAUCCGCAAUUCGGCGGGAGCUACGCGGUGUUUGCCGAAAGGCCUUUAAGGCAGGAUGUGUUGGAGUACUGUGUGGGGGAUGUGGUCCAUUUGCCAACUUUAUGGCGGAAGUAUCAUGACAUACUGGGGGGUCGUGGUUGGCUCAGGAGUAAAGUUCAGAGUGCAACUUUAGGGAGACUAGAAGAUGCAAAGGGGACAAGUGUACUUAGUGGCCGUCAGAAGGCUUUUGGGCCUUGGUAGGGAUAUUUGAGUGGCAAUAUGGUAUAUGUAUUAGCGGGGGUCUAGAGCCACGGGCUGUGCCAACAUUUGCUGCACAAAAUAUAUGUCGCCACUCCGUUUUUAUGAACUCAUCACUGGGCCGUUAUAAGGUGAAGAGCUUUCUUCUCUACUGCUCUGCGCUUAUAAUUCAACAUGUUUAUCGUCUCCAAGCUUUGUCGGAAAACUCUCCGUAUGGUAGAGCUGAUGGAAGAAGCAGGACAUUGUCACUCCCGGCUAUCUACCAAGGGCUUCGGUUU